CACCUCGCCGCCUUCGGAUCAUCUUCGUCUCUUUCAUUGUGACGUUUUCAAGCUUCUUUGGUAUUUGCAUCUGGUGAAUUUUGUUUAGAUUCUUGAUUUCAGCGAUGAAGGAAGAGGAGAUAAUCCGGUGCCAGAUUCAGGAAUGGUACCCGAAAUUCAAAUCCGUCUCCAUCAAGACCAAAAUCCACAAACUCCCAGAAUCCUUCGUUGAUUACAUCGCCGAUGAUUCUGGGCCAUUCGUUCUUCCAGCUUCUGUUGCGAACGAGGACGCUCUCGCCAACAGAGUCCACAAUCCUUACGAAGAGGAAGAUUACCAAGUCUCCGAAGGAUCAGACGACGAAGCUGAGCCAACGGUUGCUCCAUCUUUCCCGGAGCUUGAGCUCGAGAUCAAGGAUUCAAUCGAGAGCCUUGGCGGAGCAGUAUUCCCGAAGCUGAAUUGGAGUGCCCCGAAGGACGCUGCGUGGAUCAGUCCGACACAGAAUCUAAGGUGCACAUGUUUCAGUGAGAUUGCUCUCUUGUUACGUUCAUCGGACUCGCUGGUUCAUGAUCUGUGUCACGCAUAUGAUUCGUGUUCCGACAAAACGAUCUCCAGGCCGCCAAGUUUCUUCCUUGCCCUGAGAAAAUGGUACCCUUCAUUGAGGCCUGACAUGGAAUUCCGAUGCUUUGUCCGAUCGAAUCAGCUCGUGGGGAUGUGUCAGCGCGAGGUCACCACGUUUUACCCUGUUCUUCUGGACAAGAAAGAAGAGCUCAAAGCCCUGAUCGAGGACUUCUUCCAUGAAUCCGUGAGAGCGAAGUUCGAAUCAGACAAAUACAUUUUCGACGUAUACGUCACUGGUAACAGGCGAGUAAAACUCAUAGACUUCAAUCCAUGGGGUGCGUCUACGCUGCCAUUGAUGUACACACGGGAGGAACUCGAACGAAUUGGCGGAAACGAAGGCGAGGAAGUGGAGAUGAGGAUAGUGGAGAGCCAAUGUAGUGUAAGGCCUGGCUUGAAGACGGCUGUUCCUUACGAUUAUUUGGACACGAGCCCCGGUAGUGGUUGGGACCAAGUUCUCAGGAAUGCCGAGGAGCAGUUGCAGCAAGACAUGAGAGCUUCUGACGCAGCGGGCGCUUGAACAUGGCUGCCUCUUUUCUCGACCUCUGCAAGUGAUCUGCUUCACUUUGCCAGAUUCUAAUCCGAGAUGUUUCUUGUUUUUGCAACUUAUGUCUGGCUUUCCAGAUCAACUGUUGUGUCUUGAAUCUCUCUUUUUGCCAUGUGAUUUCUUUUUCAAGAUCUCUUCGUGAAGGUGUAAAUGAUUGUGGGAUGAAAUGUGAUUGCAGAGAAGAGUGAAGUGAAAAGGAAACAUCUUUUGCUAUGGAUUUGAUUUCUA